AUGUCCUCUUCGAUUGUUCACCGUCUGAACGAAGACAUCCUCCUAGCCGUCCUCUCUUACCUCCCAGGAUACGACGUAGUACAACUCGCUCGUACAUGCAAGUUCAUGUACGCGCUCUCCUGUCCAAGCUUCAGUGUGAAGAUAUCUUACUGGGAUCAACACCAACUGUCUCGGAGGGCUGAGGCGAUCUGCCGGCCUGGUUCUUCCUCCGCGUCAUGCUUGCAAGACCUUGAGUUGGCUCUGAUGUCGCAUAGUAGAGACGAAGACAUCAAGGCCGUGUGCGACAUCCUGAGGACCACCAAGAACCUUCGUACGCUGAGUCUUUCCAUCGUGAUCCCGCCAGGUGGGGUGGGGUAUCCCUCGAUCGUGCACGCUCUCACUCAAAUGAAGGAUCUGCGAGCACUCCGUUAUUCUCCAAUCUUCCUCGACGGCAUACUUCCAAUGAUCGAACACAUCCCCUCGCCUAACCUCGCCAACCUCUAUCUUUGGUACGAUGUCAACUGGGACCCUCAGUUUCCUCCUCUGCUCUCAGUACUCAGAUCGUUCCCCAAGCUCGUCACCCUCACCCUGAGUAAUUUCGUCCCACAACCGACCUCUCUUGAUGCUACCCGAACAUCGCUUCCAUCCAUUCGGCAUAUCAUUCUCGAAAACGUGUCCGUCGCCGCUACGGACAUCCUCUACCUCUGCCCCAACCUCGACACCAUCGACCUCUCCCCAAGCUACGGAUGGAACUUCACGCAAGGCCACAUGGAACCCCAACCGAGAUGGCCCAAGGUCUCCCGCCUCACCGUGGCCAUCCAGGGCCGCGCGAGGAGAUGGUACAGAGGCGUCGAAGCACUCGACGACGCGCAGCUGCAGACCGUCUUCGUCGAGCUGCUCGAGCGCCGCGCGAGCGCCGUCUCGCGCCUCGAGCUCGCCGGCGAGUGGGAGUUCACCCGCGACGGCGUCACCGCCGUCGACGCUGACACGUUGGGCCGCCUCGCGCGCCUCCUCGCGGCGCUCCAGCCCCGCGUGCUCACGCUCCUGGUGCACGCCACGGGCUUGCAGACCCCGGAAAAGAGGCUCGACGGCUGGAUGUGGACCGAGGUCGCGCGUGCGCUCCCAUGCCUGCGCGCGCUGACGCUGCGCUGCGCCCCGCGCCUCAGUUGGGUCCCUCCGGAAACGCUGCCGGCCGCGCUCGCGCAGCUCUCGCUCCGCUGCCUCUUCAUCGACACCAGCCCGGUCGACGAUCCGAAGGAACCGGGUUCGGACCGCCGUGAACUCGAGCGCGUGAAAGCGUUUGACGCGCUCCCCACGAAGCUGGUUCCGGCGCUCACGGAGAUGCGCGUACUGGGGUUCAAAGGAACGGCCGCGCUACCCGCAGAUGCGUUCAAGAACCUCAAGGCAGAAGCAUGUCUGGAGGAGCUGGAGGAGUGGAGGAAGGACCACGGCGAGCGGAACACGCGAUGGUGGCGGGUGGAUGGUGUAGGUGAGGAGCGAACAUUGGUCGAGCUCUGGCGCGAGUACGGAGAACAAGCGCAGAAGAUCGUUGAAGACUCCGAGGAGGACGGCAUCGCGGAAGACCUCGACGCUAUCUACUUGGACAGGUGCCGGUACGAGCCCUGA